UGUAGGCACCAAUCGUUUUCUGUACGCGUGUGGAUCGUAGCUGCUGUACAUGGCUUUGCCCCUUGUUGUUAAACUGCUAGUGUUCGCUCUCUAUUUGGUGUUCUUUCUAUUGUUUGUAUGGGUUUUGAACAUUACGUCGGUCAUCUCGUUGGGAGAGUUCGCAAACCGACUACUGAAUCCAAUCAAAUUGAGCGUCAGCCAGCUGCGAAGGAUUCUAGACGAACGAGGAAUAGACUACGACGAUAUCUACGAAAAAUCGGAACUCGCCGAUAUCGUACAGAAGUCAGGAGGAUGGACGGUUGCCGCAUCCCCACGCACCGGGGCAGGGGAAAGCUCCGAGGAACCUUUGGAGAUUCGCUCGUCUGACCAAUUCCAGCAGGACAUAGUCGAGUCUAGCCACGUAUGGAUAGUUCUAGUCAAUCUAACGACGUCGCGACCGGUAAUGAUGAAGACAAAGUGGAUAACGUUAGUCAAACGACUAUCACUCGUUGGCAUCAAAACUGGUGUAGUGGAAUGCGCUAAAUACAGGCGUUUGUGUAUAGAGGGCAAGUGGCGGAGCUCGGUUUUAUUGAUGAGUCUACCAGCCAGCGUUAAUGUAUCUCAUCAUAAGGGCAACAAGAUGCAGACGGGAGGAUCUGGUACUGUCCUAGGCCUCAGCGCAGGCGGUUCCAGUUAUAGUCUGACUGAAAAGUCGGUCUUCAAAUGGAUACACAGAGAGAUACCAAUGCGCCAUCUUGAUUUGUCUGAUUCCGAUAGGUGGAUAUCAAAACAGCAACACCCAGUGAAAAUUAUCAUGCUAUCAGAAAAAGAAAAGCCGCCGCUGUAUUUCAGAGUUUUGUCUGUUCAACAAGCCAAUAAAAUCGACUUUGCAUUUACAAGCCUCACACAUGCCAAUCACAAUAUGCCAUUUCAUUACCUACGACAUCAUAUCGUGUGUAAUAAAUCAGACACUAUAGUGGUAGUCACUCGAGAUGCCAUCGUUCGGUAUGGGGAUCGCACGGCUGACAUAAUGACUUAUGCAGGAUUAAGCUUGUAUCUCAGUUUUUUACAACCCGAUGCUAAGGAUCUGAUAGUCUUGAGUACACUGUUUAUUAACCAGUAUGUCGUCAUUGUACAGCUGAUGGCUCAUCGAAGCUCGAUUAUUCGCAGCAUCUACGUUACGAUAAAGAACAUGGUUAUUGCCACUGUUCUUAAUGUUACGUUCUGGCUUGAGGUCACUACAGGGAUGCAGUGGAAGCCUUUGAGACCGUUAACCGAGUUUGCGUUGACUCUAAAUUGGUAUCUCGCUCACUCGGAUGUGAUCAGUUGGCUACGAUGGCUUGUACUGCAGAUACCGAAUUGGUGGCACUUGGUAAUGAUAUCGUAUGUUGUAUAUGCUCUCUUGAUUUACAUCAUAAGAAAGAUUAUUUGGAAACAGAGAAGACCGACGAGUGAAGAAACUGUGCAGCAGACGGACGAGACCACGUCCAUUGACUCUCAGGUUUAUGACAGUGAUUCAUCGGACAAUGCACAGCAACCCAUGUUUCGAGUCACAAUCAACAACUGGUUGCACCAACAGCAUUUUCAUCCCAUGUCUGGACAUAUUCAUCGUCGGCAGAAUGAAAACUCUGAGAUCAUCGUCGACCAUCAGUUGCAUGCCCUGCUCGAAGAGCUAGCGACAGCUCUUCCGACUUCUCUCAACGAUACAGACGACGAGGGAAGACCGACUGAGUACAUUAAGAAGCUUCCUACAUGGAAGCACUGUGUUUCCGGGCAGCAGAGAUUUCGACCUGUACAUGUCUUACAUUGUGAAAAUUGUGUCAUCUGCUUGGCGGAUUUCAACCGCAGAGAAAUUCUCUGUGCGCUGCCGUGCGGACAUAUGUUUCAUCGAGUGUGUGUAGUUCGGUGGCUAGAGAAACGUAGCGAAUUAUGUCCAGUCUGCAGACAACCGGCAAAUAUGUCAAAGGAUAUGUGUAGUACUGAAUGAGAGUUGCAAUUUGGUGUCUGUU